UCCAAGUUUGUUGAGUGGAGAGAAUGUGUUUUUUUUUUUUGACUCCUAAGUGAUUUAAUAGAAACCUUACAUUGAUUAUUUAUUGGCAAUUAGUUACUUUAUUGUUCCUGGACUACACGGAUUUAGUAAUAGUUUACAGAUCGCAUUCCAGUUGACACAAUGCAGAACAAUAACAACAAUAGUGACAGCCACAACAACAACAACAACAACAACAGCAACAAUAUGACACAGAGUAAAAGUCACAUGGCCAAAACACAGAGCAACAUUCUCAAGAAUUUGUCUUUCCUCAAAAAACGCAGCUUCGACGUUAAGUUCGAUUUGGAAGGCACCGGCUACUCUGCCGUAGAGAAAAUCGGCAUCGGAGCAUACGGGGUCGUGUGUUCGGCCGUACAGAGUCGGACCGGGGACAAAGUAGCCAUCAAAAAAAUACCGAACGUCUUCGAUCACUGGGUUGUGACAAAGCGGACUUUUCGGGAGAUCAAGAUUCUGAAACACUUUAAACACGACAAUAUCAUCUCGAUACGAGACAUUCUGAAACCGAAAGAGGGCCCCGUUGACUUCCGAGACAUCUAUGUCGUGCUCGAUCUCAUGGAGAGCGACCUGCGUCAGAUCAUCUACUCAAAACAACCGCUGACCGAAGAACACAUCCGAUACUUCUUAUACCAGAUUCUCCGCGGCCUCAAGUACAUCCAUUCUGCUAACGUGGUCCACCGAGAUUUAAAACCCAACAACCUGCUUGUACGAGAAAACUGCCACCUGAGGAUUGGGGAUUUUGGUAUGGCCCGUGGGAUCCACUCCUCCCUAUUUGAUGGCACCAACAACUUCUUAACCCACUACGUAGCAACUCGCUGGUACCGAGCUCCAGAAAUUAUGUUCUCUCUCCUGGAAUAUGGUAGUGCUAUGGAUAUGUGGUCUGUUGGUUGCAUUUUUGCAGAAAUGCUUGGCCGAAAACACUUAUUUCCUGGAAAGGAUUACAUCAAACAAGCUCAGUUAAUCAUUGAAAUCCUCGGUUCACCAUCGGAGAAGUUCCUCUCAGCCUGCCAAUCAGAUUUGAUCAAGAAAUUCCUUAUACAACUUGGAAACAAGAAACCAGUUCCAUGGUCAACUCUGUACCCCAAAGCUAGCCGCAAGGCCCUUGAUCUUCUUAGCAAGUUGCUGGUUUUGGUCCCUUCUGACCGAUUUACAGUCGAACAGGCCUUACGACAUCCUUAUUUAUCAAUUUACCAUGAUCCUGAUGAUGAACCUAUCUGCGUUCCUGCCUUCAAUUUUGAUUUUGAGAAGCAGGAUAUGUCGAUAGAACAGUUCCGGAAGGCCAUCUACGAGGAAAUUAUUGAAUAUCAUGCGUCUGAGAAUCCAACAUUGAGCUUCAACCCUGUUUUACGGCCAGCACCGAAGACAAGCGAACCGCAAACGAUUCAGAGCCAAACUGCAAAUGUUCCCUCAAACUUUGGUUCCUCUGUAGAAGUAACAGAGCAAGGCGCUGCCCUCCAAGCAUUCGUCAAGCAGUUACGCGAGAGAGUCAAGACCUCUACCUUGGAUCGACAAAACCAAAACCCUGACCGAGAUGUAAUACCUUUGCAUCUCCUGCCCGACCAUUCUUCACACAACGCCUCACACACUAGUGUUGCUGCCACCACCACUACCACUACCCCCGCCAACAACAGCAACAAUAAUAACCAUGCUAGUAAUACUACUACUACUACUACUAAUACCUCCAUUAGCAAUCUGGAAUCUGUGACUAACCAGAAGCAGAAUGUCCACGGUGGCGUUGACCGUGUGGAACAGAACCUGCUGACCAUUCCUAAUAGCCAUGACUUGGACGAUAUUGAAAUGCUCAGUGCAAAGAGUUCCGAUUCUAAAAUGGAAUCUACAUCCCAUCAACUGCUGGCAGCAUCUUCGAAAGAACAAAAACAAGAACCGGUGGUAGACAAACCAGAGCACCAAACAAUCUCAACCGACACAAGGGAGUUGAUUAAGGCAGCUCUUCGGAACUCAAACCUCAAGAAACGGAAUGAUGUUGAAGUGAAAGAUGACAAUCGACCUCGUCCUGUAACUGCAGCCCAACGUCAGAGGGAACGAGAAGACAAACGACGGAAAAGGAAAGAAAGAGCUUUGAAACGAAUGAAAGACAAAAAAGCUCAAGAUGCGGAGGCUGAAGACUUGCUGUCAGAUGCUGACAAGGAACUCUUGGAACGCUGGAAAAACAUGCAAACACAGAAGGCAGCCCCAAAGACAGCACUGCAAAACCCCUCUGUUGGAAACAGUGCCAUCUCGUCUGUGAUGCAUGCUGAACAAGAAAAUCACUCACAGCAGCAACAACAACAACAACAACAUUCACAACAACAACAACAGCAACAUGCACAACCACAGCAACAGCAGCAACCUUUACAAAGAUUUCAGAACCCUUCAGAACAGCAACAGCAGCAGCAACUGACACAUUCAACUGUCAUGAUUGCUCCGUCGAUCCUCAACCAUUAUUCUUUAACACACCCUGUGUCAGCAGCAGCAGUGGCGCCAUCUGUGGCCGUUCAGUCUGCCAUAUCUUCGGCCGUAGCGAAUGCACAGGUGAAAAAUAACCUGUUAGUAUCAAACGGCAUCAGUUCAAAGCAGCCACAGCAGGAAAAUGUGAACAGGCCCAUCUACAGCUUGAUCUGUCGCAACUCACAGCUGCAGAAUGAAACAUCUUUACCGGGUGAAGUACCCCAGGAUUUCGGUACCCUAAACAUUGAAAACCUUCAGCUGCUUGGACUUCUAAACCUCCAGAGUAGUCAACAAUUACCAACCGUUAUCCCCGUCCCUUAUCAUCAGCAAACACCCUUGGCUGUGCAGACCCUCCCAUCGGAAGCUGCACUGCCGACACCCAACCUCACUUUGAUCUCUCCGCCUCAUUGCCCGGCAAACAGCGCCGGUUCAGUCACAGACAUGGUCAGUUCUCCACCGUCGACGUUGCCUCUUGUGUCACUUUCUGGAACAUCGAGUGUGUCCAGCAUCAGUUCCACCAUAUCUCCCACUUACACUUCAAUAUCAUCUAUCACAAACAACACUUCUGCCACUCACAACACAUCGCUGUCUCCCAGCCAGUUCGUUUCCCCUGAUAUCUCAUUGCCCGACCCCACGGUGACGACCGGGUCCAACUCUUUCUUAGCAAUGGCCAAAUGGAAGGACGUUACAUUCGAUGCUCCACUGUCCAAUGAAACGAGUGUUCAAAUCCCCGAAGCAUCAGUGAAUCCAAAUGGCCCAUUGCCACCCUCAGAUUCUACAUUGUCAACCCCACCCCCUGCUGCUGUUGACACAUCACGGACCAGGAAUUUCGAUGAUAUUCUACCAAAUUCCGAAAGAUUCCAACCCAGUCACUAUAGCAACCAGUUUCCAUGUGUACCAACCAUAGAAGUGAGCUGCAUCAAUGAAGACAGCAACAAACCAAUGAUUGAAGCUCCAACCAAUUCCAGCACCAUGGUCUCGGAACAGUCAGACGUAUCUUCGGAUCUUAUAUCUGUACUUAGCAAGCAACUGUCCAAGUACCAGGUGGAGGAAAUUGCACCAUUGUCUUUGGCUGUCACCCCGAAGGGCACAGGAGGGGGUUAUGGUGUCGGACUGAAUAUUGAUCUUGAUGCUCUUAUGGCUGAAAAUCUAACAGAGAAAACAGACAGUGGAAAAUAUGAAAUAUCUCCUCUGUCUUCGUCACUCCUCGCUCACUGGAUGGACGUCACAGCAAAUAUGGAUAUCCAGACUUUGGAAGAGGAACUUGAAUUAAGCAUGCAGUCACCCAUGGCCUUAUCUUACAGUGACUUAAGUCUCUGCUCAUCUUGAAGCUGUAGCAUAGAGGACAGCUGAAAACAGACUUCAUUUUGUGUGUGUGUGUGCGUGUAUACAUAUAUAUUGGGCUAUAUGUGUGUGUGUGUCGAAGUUUAAAAAUUCAAGAAGACAAUUCCAAUUUUCUUUGUUGAAACAGUCUUCAGGUGUAUGCAUGUAUGUAUAAAUAUGCAUGUGUGUGUGUAUACAUGAUGCACAUGUGAGAGAGAGUUUUUUAAAAAAAAUAGUUGAUCCUUGACAGCUUAUCUGAUCUCUAGUCUUAUAUCCUUGAUUUUCUUCAACAACCCCCUCCCCUCAUUACCACCGUCUCCACCACCUCCACUGCACUUACCGCCACCACCACCAACCUCAUUCUGUGUUUUGUCAUUCAUGAGUUUAGUAUGUUAGAAACAUAUGAAAUUCUUUGGUUCAAAGAAUACCAGAAUAUUGGAAUAAAGGUAUCAGAAUAAAUUAUAAUUUGUCCUAAAAUUAAUGU